UGAAUAUGUGAAGCACUAAAGAGCUACAAAGCAGGAAGAACAGCUUUAUGUGUGUAUGAGUUAAAGUGGUUUUAGUUAAUAAGUAACCGUCAACUCGGGUUCAAAGGUUCAGUCGCAUGGGAUGCUGGGAAAACUUCCUCCGGUGGCAGAGAUACAAUAAGAACUCCCUGACUGCCAUUUUUAAGCUUUCAAAGCUGAAUAUCUGUUAUUAUCUGUAUUAGAGAGGGAAAUGGGAAAGAAGCAGGCACGUACAGGGCCGCUGUCUAAACGUCCGGAUAAUUCAGCGUUUAAGCAGCAGAGGUUACCAGCCUGGUCUCCGUCUCUCACAGCACAGACUGUCCUGCCAACUUUCUACAUUUUGUCUCUGGUGUGUUUGCUACUGGGAAUCUGGCUUCUCAUCACAGUUGAGAAUACGUACUUGCUGAAGGUGGACUACACAAAUGCUGGGUCGUGUAAGCAAUGCUUUGAGUUACGGAAAAAUGCCACCAAUGCCAAGAUCACCUGCGAGUGCUCAGUCAACUUCAGUGUUCCACAUUUCUUUAAGGGUGAUGUAUUCUUUUACUACGGUCUGAGAAACUUUCAUCAGAACCUGCGGAGGUACAUGGACUCCCGUGACGAUGCACAGAUGGUGGGGAGAAAAAAAAACGUGAAGACACCGAGUUCAUACUGCGCUCCAUUCGAUUACGAUACAAACGGAGUACCCAUUGCCCCCUGUGGCGCUGUGGCCAACAGCAUGUUCAAUGACUCAUUUUUAGUGAUGUAUCAUCCUACUAAUGGACUGGCAGUGCCGGUUCCACUCUAUAGAAAGGGCAUCACGUGGUACACAGACAAAAACGUGAAAUUUCGUAACCCUCCAACCAACGACACAUUUACACUUCAACAGGCCUUUGAAGGCACGACUCAACCUUUAUUCUGGCAGCGGCCUGUCUAUGCGCUGGACCUAAAUGACCCCUUUAAUAAUGGUUUCAUAAAUGAUGAUCUGAUUGUAUGGAUGAGAGAGGCAGCCUUCCCUAAUUUUAAAAAGCUUUAUGGGGUUCUCAAUCGUGUUCACACACCGUUUACUGAAGGCCUGCCUGCUGGCAACUACAGCAUCUCUAUCAAUUACAAUUUUCCCGUUGAGCACUUCAGAGGUCGAAAGGAGCUUGUGGUCUCCAUGGUGUCCUGGUAUGGGGGGCCGAAUUACUUUCUGCCCAUAGCAUACCUAGUGACCAGUGGACUGACCCUGGUGGCCGCUAUCUUACUCACAACGGUGUAUGUUAAAGUGGGCAAAAAAGGCCAGAACAUGGAGGAAUAAUUUACAAGGAAAAUGCAUGUCAAAGUGAGUGGUAAUGACAAACUGUACAGAAGACUCUUUAUCUGAGAUGUUAAAUAGAGUUGAUUGCAGGGUAUUUUAUUUUAAGGUUUACAUAUCAGCAUACCAUUAAGUUUGGAUAUUUCACUGUAAUUGUUUGCAAAAUUUGUUGACCAAAUCCUAUGAAGUGCUUCAUUUACAUGCAUUCCCGAAGCUGAUGCUUUUAUCUAAAGUGGCUUACAUUUAACACUGUUUGAUAUUACUUAAUAUGUCCUGAAAAUGUCUAUUUUCAGUGUGACAAAAAACUAAAGGUAACACUAUAUUCCACCGUAUGCCAGCAGGGGGCAUCUGUGACAAUAUAUCAAACACUGAUUUCAAUACACAAACACCACUUCCCUAUUAAACACUGCAAUGCUAUUUUAAUUUAAAUGUCAAUUUAUAUGAAAAAUGUUGUAUUAGAAUGUAUUAGUUUACAUGCUUUGGUCAUAUACAUUGUUCUGCAACACUCCAAAUAGUUUACAAAGCGGCUGUGUUGGCCAGUAUGACAGAAGGGUAUCUAUAACACAUUUGUUAUCAGUCAUGUACUCAUGUUCAAUGUUCCUGCUACACAACAGACAAUCAGAAAAAUUUGUCAAUCUAAUUUGUCAAUCUGUAUGCAUUUCUUUGUUCUGAUAAAUAAAAGGAAGAUAUUUUGUGGAAUGUUUGUCAGUUUUGGAGCACCAUUGACUUCAAUAGAAGAAUAAAAAAUACUAUGGAAGAUAAUGGUGUUUCAAAACUCUUUGGUUACAAAAUUGCUCAAAAUAUCUUCGUUUGUGUCAACUUUAACCUCCUAAGACCCAAGCUUUGGUUUGUCUUUUUUUUCAGAUUUCUUCCAGCUAUUUGGGGUUUGAAUGGAACCAAUAAAUAUAAUAACCAAAUGUUUUUCUUUGAACAUAAAGCAGUGUAUACAUUUGUGUACAUCAGGUUCCAGUUACACAGUAUUAUAAUGCAAACAACAAAAAAUUUGAUGUCCACAUACGUGGACACACCACCAGGUCUUAGGAGGUUAAUCUUACGUGGGCCUAUCAAGCUGACACUUCAUUCAACCCAAUUUUAUACACAGCACUUAUUUUGUUAUGACCUUAUAUUAAAUUAAUUAGAUACUAAAUUAAAUAAUAAAUAUCUGUGUUUUGUACUGUAUGCGUGCCGAAAAGUGAAUAAAAAU